AUGCCAUCGGAGCCAAUCGCUGGGUCGAAAAAAGCGCAGAAGAUCAGGCAAGCAUGUGACUGCUGCCAUGCACGGAAGAUCCGCUGUGAUGGGGAGAAGCCGUGCAAGAAUUGCCAGAUUACAGAGCUGCAAUGCACGUAUUUGGCUAUUCCAAAGAAGAAGGGCCCUAAGGGACGAAGGAUGGCGAAGGAUGUGAAACCCGUCCCGAUUCAGAGGCCGAGGAUUUUCGAGUACACUUCGAAUGGCCAAUUUCCGGCGGCGAGAGAGCAGCAGCCGGCUAGUCGGGGAACAGAAACUAACGAUUUUUCGCUUUUCAAUAUCCUAAAUCCUACUCCAAAUGUACUCUCCCCGGAGAGCGGACCGACUGUUGCUUCUUCAAGUUCAGCGGACGACAACGCAACGGCUUUCCGAGCUUCCCCUUUGUUGUCAGCUGAUCUGGUCAAGACUUGCCUCGAUGCCUUUUUCACUCACAAAUAUCCCAUUAUGCCCGUCUUGGACAAAGAGAAAACCUAUUCCAUGAUCCCACAUCUGAAUGAGAGACCGGAGCAAUAUGGGAUGGUUGCAGCUCUCUGUGCACUCAUCGUUUUCCAGCCGGAAAUCAUCGAUACUCCACAACUAGGAUCACCUUGGCCAAGCUCGCAAGAUCUUAUCAACGAAGCGGUCCGAGCGAGAUGGUUCUGUGACCAUAUCGAGAAACCCUCACUGGGAACUAUUCACACAUCAUUCUUUAUGUAUGCGGCGUUAUUUUGUUUAGGGAUGGAUAAUUCGGCAUGGUUUUACAUUCGGGAAUCGAUGACUAUGUUGCAAUUGCUGCGUCUUCAUGAGGAAGCAACAUAUCAGGAACUAGACGCAGAGUAUGCCAAGUUUUGCCGGAGGACGUUUUGGUUACUGUUUAUCACGGAGCGAGGUUAUGCUUUACAGCGGCAUCGGCCCCUUACUUUACAAGUAACGAUCGACCUACCAACUGUGGACCCCGGGCCGGAAGCUACCAUUCUAUCUGGAUUCCUCGACCUGGUAUCUCUCUUCCAGCAUUUCGAUGAGUCUUUCAUGACGCUAUGGAAUAUGUCCGGCAGUGACUCGUCGCCUCAAGCUUUGAUUCAGCUACAGGAGAUUCUGAAGACUGCUAUCCCUGAUGGUUCUGAUAGGACUGAGAUUCAACAAGCCGAUCUCCGCGUCAGUCGACAAUGGUUGAGGACUUUGGUAUGGCAACUAUGCGUUAGUAAGGGCUUUCUAUCAAGCAAAUCAUCAGAUGAAAGCAUGUCGUUCCAAUAUCCCAUCUCCAUUGCUCGGGACGUUGUCCAAGUUGCACGGUCGCUACCCGUCAAAGCUUUCGAAGCGAAUGGUGUCGGCCUGCUCGAGAAAGUCUUCGAUAUCGGCUGCAGCCUUUCAGACGUCUUGCUCUUGAAUCCGGACGUAAUCAACAGUUCAUCAAUGGAAUUUGGGCCAAGAGAUUAUUUGAUGGAGAUGGUCAGGUUACUUGGGACCACGCCGGGCGGUGAAAAAUACAUGAGGAUGUUGAACUUGAAGACUGAUGGUGUUAUGCAAUUGCGUCUUCGUGGAAGUCUAUCUGACAGUGAAGCUUCGGACCGGGUGGAGGAGGUUUUCGAUGACGAAGAAGUUGUGUUACCCGAGCAAGGCGAUGUGCAAUACCCGGGUUAUGAGGGACCGAUGAUUGAGGAGAACUUCAAUCAGGUGGAUCAGCUUGGAGUGGGGAACUUUGGAGCUCCGCCUGUCAGUAUGACGAUGGGAGAUUCAAGUCUCCCGUUCUCGAUGCCAACGCCUGGUUGGGACGCUUUUUGGCCACCAAGCGCGCCGGAUGUUGAUUAA